UGAUCGACAGGCGCGCGGAUUGGUCGACUCGGCACGGCCGCGGCGAGGGUGGGGAUGCUCUCACAGCUGAGCGCUGAGCUAUAGACUCGAGUGGCCGAUCGUACGAUGCAGUCAGUAGCACAUGAGCGCUCGUGGAGCGAGCAUCGAAGCGUUUCUCUUCGGAACGGGCGAGGAUGUCAGUUCGUGAUCGACGAGCGACUGUGAGAGGAGCCCAUAACGUCUGAAUCUUGGACCGCGCGUGCACAUCGUCGAUAUCCAGUGUCGAGAGACACAGGUCUAAGGGAGCGAGAGUCGGGAGGAAAAAAGAAAAAAAGAAAGAGAGCGAGGAACGCACUCGAGCGACGGAAGGGUAACGACCACCGCGCGCUUUUAUCGCUACUCAGCGAGAGAGAGCACGUGGAUGCGGAAUUAUAUGUGCGACCGUUGGAGUUCGUCGCGCGUCUCCCGCUCGGAUAAGCCGCGGUAGCAGCGGCGACGACAAAAGACGGAGGAGGUGUUCUACGGUAGUGUCGAUCUCGGAGGGACAGCGACGAGUGGGAAUCUCACCACGGUCCAUCCAUCCAUCCACAGUCGAGUCGCGUUCACAAGAGAGGAAGCUUACGUUGUUUUUUUUUCUUUUACGUCCUCUCAUAACUUUUCGCCCGACGCCAGUUUCAAUAAACGCGGCGAACGCUCAUCCUUUGGACGUCAGAGCUUGAAUUUCAUUUCGAGAGAAACUUGAUUUUUUUUUUUUUCACGAAUCGUGUUGGAGGAUACGUAUCUACGUGUCGCAGGUGCGUCGAAUUAUUGGUGAAAAAACCGAAAGGAAGUGAUCGACUGCGACAGAAGGUGAACGAGAAUUGAUCCUCGCCGACGAGAACGCGAAAGCGGGAUUGUGUGAUGCGAGUCGCCGACUUGACAUCGUUGUUCAAUUGAAGUGAAGUGUACGUGGAGUUCUUUCGGAAGCGGCCCGAAAAUGGUGCCAACGCAGCAAGAUAGUCCCUCGAACUCGAGGAUACCCAUCAUGUUCGGAUCGUUACUUGUGAAAAAGGAUUCCGCCACGCCAUAUUCGGAUGCCACACAGACGAAGAAGAACAAUCCUAAUCGCAUCAAGCGACCCAUGAACGCGUUCAUGGUCUGGUCGCAGAUGGAACGCAGGAAGAUCUGCGAGGUUCAGCCGGAUAUGCAUAACGCUGAAAUCAGUAAAAAGCUAGGGAAGAAGUGGAAGUUGUUGUCGGAAGAGGCUAGGCAGCCUUUCAGAGAAGAGGCCGAGCGACUCAGGCAGCUGCACCAGAUACAGUAUCCAAAUUAUAAGUACCGUCCCAGGAAGAAGACCUCGAAACCCGCCGAGAUUUCGAAGGCGAAGGAGAGGAAGAGAUCGCGAAAAUCAGUGUCUUCGAUAUCUUCGUCGCCAUCACCAUCGCCGUCGUCGUCGAUAUUGUCGACGCCGUCCAACAGUCCGGUCUCGAUCAUCGAGCUGCCUAGCUCUUCCUUGCCACCAUUAUCGCCAGCCUCUGCGACGCCCGCUACUAGUCACGCUGUCAAGGCGAAAAACGACAAUAAUAACAACACUCAACAGUUGAAGAAGUCGCUGAAAAGGAUCCUGAAUCCGUCAAACGUCAAAUCAGUAUCCAGGUUGAGCUCCAAACCCGUUCGAUUGACCCUGGAAUCCCUGGAGACACCCCGCCAUACGCAUUCUAAUGUGGACUAUACCUCUGAACGGCCAAUAGUCACCGCCAAGGUUCCCACCAGUCCGACCUGCGACAAUCCAGACUCGCCCGAGUCCGCCUUCUACGAGGAAAACCUUUCCGAGGGCGUCACGUCCAGCAAUGCGGUCAAUAACGCGGUCAGCAAUGUCGACUCUAUUAAGAUCAAGCAGGAACCGAAGUUGGAAUCAACCCUGGAACCGAAAUUGGAACUGAAUUUGGAACCGAAGAUGGAAUCGAAGCUGGAGUCAAAGUUGGAGUUGGAUCAGAUGAACUUUGCCUCGAAGGAUAUAUGUCUAGCGUCCUUCGACCUGCCAUCGAUGAUGCGAGCGGACAAUCGUUACGCAAAUAUGACGACUUCCGCCAGCCGGCAGACGCCCAGUUUUAACGUGAAGCGGGAACCGUCGCAGUCUAUGAUGAUGGACGCAGUUGCCCCGACGACGAUGCUUACCCCGCAAUCACCCAUCAUGUCAUCCGUCCCUACGACAACGAUGACGGGUACCACGGGAGCCAUCUUGGACCCUGACUCCCUCCUCGCGGAUGAUUCCCUCAUUGGCAACAUCGGUCGGCCAGUCAAGCUCGAGGAACUCAUGAACAACUUUGCUGAACUCUCCGAUCCAACGUUGACCGAACUGUCGUCCGAAAUUGGAGUAGACUACAUGGAUUUUGAGUUCAGUCGAAAUGAAGAAUUUUUAAAUCUGUUCCAAUCUAAUGGAAUGGACGUAUGGAAUGGAUCUUGCUAUUGAAAAAUUGAGAGAGAGAGAGAGAGAGAGAGAGAGAGAGAGAG